UGUACAAUUUGAACAAUAAAUUCAGUUGCAGCAACACACCACCGUAUAAGUUGAGAAAUGAAGAAGCAAUUAAAUUCUCACUGUCUCUUUUUUCUCGCACCUUCUCGUCACGCGAUAUUUUAAGCUUUUCGCUAUGGAAAUCAAUCCCAUGCUUUUGCAAUUCUUUCUCCUUCUCUUACCUUUGUUCGCUGUUCCUGGAAUCACUUCCAAUGCGACACUUAAUGAGACUUGUGGUUACUUUGAUGGUUCAUUCAAUAGAGAUACUAAAGCACCAUGCCCAAAUGGUUGGGUUAUGGACCCUAAUAAGACCAAGUGCUUUCUCCAUGUUGGGAGGCCUCAAUCAUGGAAUGACUCAGAGACAUGUUGUAAUAAAUAUGGUGGGCAUUUAGCAUCAUUGGCAUCACUUCAGGAGUUACAUUUUGCUCAAAGUCUAUGUGGUGAAUCCAUAAAUAGUUGCUGGAUUGGUGGAAGAAGACUCAACAACACUAUAUCGGGUUUUCAGUGGACAUGGUCUGAUGAUUCACAAUGGAAUAAGUCCUUAUUUCCUUUGGCUAAUGUUCCACUUAAUUGUACUGGAACUGGACAAUCCUGUCUUAGGAACAUUACAGAGUAUUUAUGUGCAGUAAUGUCUAAUAAUUCAAAAUCUCUCUUAAGCGAGAGAUGUGAUAAUCCUCAUGCCUCUCUAUGUAUACUUGACUUAGAUACAAAAUGUAAUCAUAUGCACUGCCAUAGGGAAUACCUUAUCAUCCUUGCAGUGGUAAGUGGAUUGAUACUCUUGACAACAUUAGCAGUAGUUGUCUGGCUUCUUGUAUAUAAACAGGGCAAGAAGAGAAGACGAUCUAGAAAACUAACUGAUCCUGCCGCUACACUUCCAUCAUGGAAAAUCUUUACAAAAGAGGAACUCAGGUCAAUCACGAAAAAUUUCAGUGAAGGAAACCGUCUUGUUGGAGAUGCCAAGACUGGUGGUACGUACAGUGGGGUCCAACCAGAUGGCUCAAAAGUUGCUGUUAAGAGAUUAAAAAGGGCAAGCUUUAAGAGGAAAAAGGAGUUCUAUUCUGAAAUUGGUAGGGUUGCAAGGCUUCGACAUCCAAAUCUGGUGGUUGUGAUGGGAUGCUGCUAUGACCAUGGUGACCGCUACAUUGUUUAUGAGUUUGUAGCUAAUGGGCCCUUGGAUAAAUGGCUACAUCACAUACCAAGGGGAGGUCGCAGCUUAGAUUGGGCUAUGAGGAUGAAAAUUGCAACGACGCUUGCUCAAGGAAUAGCGUUUCUGCAUGACAAAGUUAAGCCACAAGUUGUUCAUCGAGAUAUUCGAGCUAGUAAUGUGCUGCUGGACGAGGAGUUUGGAGCGCACCUUAUGGGUGUUGGCUUGUCCAAAUUUGUGCCAUAUGAAGCGAUGCAUGAGAGGACUGUGAUGGCAGGGGGAACUUAUGGAUAUCUUGCUCCAGAGUUUGUGUACAGAAACGAGCUUACAACAAAGAGUGACGUUUAUAGUUUUGGUGUCCUACUACUUGAAAUAGUUAGUGGACGUAGACCAGCACAAGCAGUUGAUUCUGUGGGUUGGCAGAGUAUAUUUGAAUGGGCUACACCUCUUGUUCAAGCUCAUCGCUACCCUGAACUCUUGGAUCCUUAUAUAUCUUCUUCAUCUACUAGUAUCAUACCAGAGACUAGUACUAUCCAGAAGGUGGUUGACCUUGUCUAUUCAUGCACGCAGCAUGUCCCUUCUAUGCGCCCUAGAAUGUCACACGUUGUUCAUCAGCUGCAACAGUUUACCCAGCCACCUUCAAAAUAAAGCUAAUUUAGUUGUCAUGACUGAAGUUUUAAAAUUGCAGUCGCCGUUGUGGUUAUCUCACAAUCCUCGAGAUUAAAAGAUUGUAGACAAGUUUGGCUGAUAAUGCUGCAAUUGUAGUUCGUACAUGUCUUCAAAUCUCGACUUUGUGGUCCGUAGAGUUUAAUUUAGAACCUUGGUCUAGAAUUCAAGUUUUUGUAUCCCUAACUUCAUAGUUGACAAAGUUUGUUCUUAAUGUAAUAGAUAAACAUAUACUUUAACAUGCCCUUCAUUAGGGUUGAAAUUAGAUUUGCUUAAUUAUUAAGUGGCAAUAGCUAGGAUUAGAUUGGGAAAAUUCUGAUGAACAUACAUGUAUUGUAAUUGUGCUGAGGUGGAAUUUUUACUAGAAUUGUGUGUGA